CUCUCCUUUGGCUUCGAAACAAGGCACAUCGGAGAAGCAAACCCAAGCAUUCUCCUUCUCUUCUCCUUCUCCUUCUCCUUCUCCUUCUCCUCUCUCUUCAAUGGAUUCCUAAAGAGUUGGAACCCUGCUCCAAACCCUAACCGAUAGGGAAGUCGGGCUCCAUUGCUGGAAUGGGUCUCCAAAGUAUGUUAGGCUCUUCUCUCACUUUCUGAAAUUAAGGGGGACUGGAACUCUGUUCUUGGUCCCCUGCACAUGGCUGUUUCUUGGUACACAAGCAAAAGAAAAUGAGCGUUGAUUAUAUGCAUAGCUCGCUCUUUGGUUCACCACUUCAAACUUCUUCAAGGCCAAGAAAUAAAGUCAAAUCCAUUUGCGUGACCAAAGGAAAGCAUAAUGUUGGGGGUUUCUUUAGUUUCUUGCCUUUAUAUCACUGUCAAAAGUUGCAGGGGUUUGAUAGGUUUUCGUAUUUUGGUGAUGGAAAAGUUGAGUUUUCUCAAAGGAAUUCUGUUUCUAAAAGCCGAUUUAAGAUCAAAUGCACAAAAGAGCCAUUUUCAAGGAGCAAGGCAUUAUUUAGAUCAUUUGUUCCUUUAUGGAAGGAGGGGUUGUUUCUGGUUAGAUGCUCUGUUUUCUUUACAGUGAUUUCGGCUGCAGGAAUGCUAGUAUGGUAUGCUCAGUUGAAAGCUGUGAGUUUUGUGGAGUCCCGACUUUUGCCAUCUGUUUGUUCUGUCCUGAGUGAAUAUCUCCAACGAGAACUUGACUUUGGUAGGGUUCGAAAUGUUUCACCUUUGGGGAUCACCUUGACAUCAUGUUCCAUUGGACCUCACCGGGAAGAAUUUUCCUGUGGAGAGGCCCCAGUCAUGAAACUUCGUCUUCACCCUUUUGCAAGUUUGAGAAGAGGAAAGAUUGUAAUAGAUGCCAUUCUAUACCAACCUUCUAUUUUGGUAGCACAGAAAGAGAAUUUCUCCUGGUUAGGGAUUCCAUCACCUUCAGAAAAUGGUAUAUUAAGGCACCAUUCCAGUGAAGAAGGGGUUGAUUAUCGGACCAAAACCAGAAGGCUAGCUAGAGAAGAAUCGGCUGCUUGCUGGGCAAGGGAAAGGGUUGAAAAAGCAAAACACGCUGCUGAGAUAGGAUAUAUAGUUCCUCAAGAACUUCCUGCAUAUGCUACUUAUAACAAUUUUAAGGAUAUUCCUGAUCGUUCUUCAGAGUCUGUUAGAUCAGAUUUAUUAUUUUGCAUGGAUGAUAUGAUGCACCAGAGGGAUCACCAUUGCAUGGAUAGUGGGGUUGAAUAUGAUUUGAAGCAUGCAGAUCUCGAAAAAUCCUUUGGAGUGAAAGUUCCUGGAUCAGGUCUUAAGUCCUGGUUUAGAAUGAUGUUAAAACCUAUAAGGCGCACAUUCAAAAGGGAUAGUAAUAGAAAAUCUAUUUCUGAAGCUGGAAUUACUUCUAAAGAAAGAAUCCUCCGGCAUAGUGCUGCUGCAGCCCUCGCUUAUUUUCAGGAUGUGAACAGUAGGAAAUCAAGUAGGUCAAAUACAGAACAGGGAAGUGACCCUCCAGAUCGAGGGAAUGGAGACACUGGAGUUGAGGCUUUCACAGUGAAUGAGGAAGUUCCUGGUAAUGCUAAUAUUACUUUGCUAGAUAUGGAUAAUAAACAUGGAUCCACAGAUGCACUGGAUAAAGUCCAUAUUGCUGAUGAUAAAUUUGAGUGUACUUUGUUGAGUAGCAACAACAACAGGAAAGUUCCUGAGAGAUCUCUAUCUAAUCCACACAAUCCAAAUGGUGGCUACAUAGAAGAGUUUGGUCAUGCAGAUCAUGAUCAGGGAGUCUCCUAUGAUGAUAUUCAGGUUCCUUUGCUGGAAUUAUUUGAUGAGAGCGCUGGAAUCAGCAGAUAUACUGCAUGUCAAAGCUCCACUCUUAGAAAAUUUUGGCCAUCCAUGCGUAUGCACCAUUCAAUGCCGAUUUACCCUACCAUUUUGAAGACUACCUUGCUUCAAUUGUCAAAAACUGUUACAGAGCAUUUGCCUGAUCAGUUUCAUAGCCAACUUCGGAAACUGAAGUCAUGCUUUAUCAUAAAAUUUGAAGAACUUGCUGCUGAACUUGCCAAUGGAACAAACGGGAAUUCUUGUGAAGGUAUUCAUAAGCUCAUUCCAAUCUCGCUUGAUUCUGUUCAGUUCACAGGAGGGACUUUAAUGUUACUGGCGUAUGGUGAUAUUGAACCCAGAGCAAUGGUGAAUGCCAAUGGACAUGUAAAAUUUCAAAAUCAUUAUGGUCAGAUACAUGUGCAGCUAAAUGGUGAUUGCCUGCAAUGGAGAUCUGAUUCCUUGCCUCAUGAUGGGGGCCAUCUAUCUACUGAUGUUUUUGUCGAUACCAUUGAACAAAAAUGGCAUGUCAACCUUAAGAUUGCAAACCUAUUUGCCCCGUUGUUUGAAAGGAUACUAGAAAUUCCAGUGACCUUGUCAAGGGGAAGAGCUAGCGGUGAGGUUCACAUCUGCAUGUCAAAAGGGGAUACUUUCCCUAAUCUGCAUGGACAACUUGAUGUUAAUGGGCUAGCAUUUCAGUUAUUAGAUGCUCCAUCAUGCUUUUCAGAAGUGAAAGCUGGACUAUGUUUUCGUGGUCAACGGAUUUUCUUGCACAAUGCAAGUGGCUGGUUUGGUGAUGCUCCUUUAGAAGCCUCUGGUGAUUUUGGCAUAAAUCCCGAGAAUGGAGAGUUUCAUUUGAUGUGUCAGGUUCCAUGUAUUGAAGUAAAUGCUCUUAUGAGGACACUUAACAUGAGGCCUUUGAUUUUCCCAUUGGCUGGGUCAGUAACUGCUGUAUUUAACUGUCAAGGCCCCUUGGAUGCUCCUGUUUUUGUGGGAAGCGGAAUGAUAUCGAGGAAAACUUCUAAUUUAGUAACUAUGCCUCCAUCCUCUGCAUCUGAAGCAGUAAUAAAGAACAAAGAGGCCGGUGCAGUUGCUGCAUUUGAUCGAAUUCCUUUUUCUCAUGUAUCAGCCAAUUUUACUUUUAACCUUGAUAAUAGUGUUGCUGAUCUCUAUGGUAUUAGAGCAAGUCUCUUGGAUGGUGGAGAGAUCCGAGGUGCUGGAAAUGCUUGGAUUUGCCCUGAGGGAGAAGUUGAUGAAUCUGCCCUGGAUGUAAAUCUGUCUGGUCAUUUGUUGUUUGAAAAUGUGAUGAACAGAUAUUUACCCAAUGAUAUUCUGCUGACACCACUCAAAAUUGGGGAGCUAAAUGGAGAGACAAAACUAUCUGGUUCCCUCUUAAGGCCGCGAUUUGAUAUAAAAUGGGCUGCACCAAAAGCUGAAGAUUCGUUUACUGAUUCACGUGGCCAUAUUGUUAUCUCACAUGACUGCAUGACUGUAGCGUCAUCAUCCAUUGCCUUUGAAUUAUUUACCAAAGUUCAGACAUCUUAUCCUGAUGAUUACUGGUCAAAUAGAAAGAAUGUUGAUUUUUGGAGAACCAUGCCCCUUGUGGUUGAAACUGUUGAUUUGGACUUGCGCAUGCGUGGUUUUGAGUUUGCUAGUCUUAUUUCUUCCAGUUCUUUUGGUUCACCGAGACCUUUACAUUUGAAAGGAACUGGGAAGAUUAAAUUCCAAGGAAAAGUUGUGAAAUAUGACAUCAAUGACAUGCACAAUGUUCAGAUGAAUGAGAAAACAAGUCUUGUUGGAGAGGUUUCCCUUUCAGGGAUCAAACUCAACCAACUUAUGUUGGCACCACAAUUGGCUGGUUCCUUGUGCAUUUCUCACAAAGCUGUUAAGUUGGCUGCUACUGGUAGGCCUGAUGAGAAUUUGACUGUGGAAGUUAUUGAACCAUUAUGGUUUACUGUUGAUCAUAGCUUGCAAAAAAGAAGAUUAAUGUCUGUUUCCCUUCAAAAGGGGCAACUAAGAGCUAAUGUUUCUUAUCAACCAGAACAUUAUGUUAAUUUGGAGGUACGACAAUUGCCACUAGAUGAAUUGGAACUUGCCUCUCUACGAGGAACUGUUCAGAGGGCAGAGUUGGAACUUAAUUAUCAGACUCGGAGGGGUCAUGGAUUAUUAUCAGUGCUUCAUCCAAAAUUCAGUGGUGUGCUGGGUGAAGCCCUUGAUGUGGCUGCUAGAUGGAGUGGAGAUGUUAUUACCAUUGAAAAAACUGUUCUGGAGCAAGCUAGCAGCCGAUAUGAGCUUCAGGGGGAAUAUGUACUACCUCGUAUGCGUGAAAGGCAUCCUGCUGACAACAAGAGGGAUGGUUUCUUUAAGAAGGCAAUGGCUGGGCAUCUUGGUAGAAUAAUAUCUUCAAUGGGUAGAUGGAGGGUGAGGCUGGAGGUUCCUGGUGCUGAAGUGGCUGAGAUGCUGCCACUUGCAAGGCUUCUCUCUAGGAGUACUGAUCCUGCUGUUCGUUCUAGGUCUAAGGACCUUUUUAUACAAAGCUUGCAGUCUGCUGGAAUUCGUGCUGACAGCCUAAGGGAACUGCUUAAGGAACUGAAAAGCCAAUAUUAUGGGUCAGAUGAUGUUAUCCUUGAAGAUAUUGCUCUUCCGGGUUUACAAGAACUUAAAGGCUGUUGGCAUGGUUCUCUUGAUGCCAGUGGAGGUGGCAAUGGGGAUACAAUGGCAGAUUUUGACUUCCAUGGAGAGGAUUGGGAGUGGGGAAGCUACAAAACUCAACGUGUCUUGGCAUCUGGUGCAUACAGCAAUAAUGAUGGUUUGCGCCUUGAGAAAUUAUUUAUCCAGAAAGAUAAUGCAACUCUACAUGCUGAUGGAUGUUUACUGGGACCCAUAACAAAUCUUCAUUUUGCUGUUCUCAAUUUACCCGUUGGUCUGGUUCCCACAUUAGUUCAGGUUGUAGGACCCUCAGCCACAGAGUCUGUGCAUUCUUUGUGGCAAUUGCUGACACCCUUGAAAGGAAUUUUGCACAUGGAAGGAGACCUUAGAGGAACUUUUGCAAAGCCAGAGUGUGAUGUACAAAUCAGGCUUUUGGAUGGUGCUGUAGGAGGCAUUGAUCUUGGGCGGGCUGAGAUUGUUGCUUCAAUAACCUCAACAAGUCGGUUUUUAUUUAAAGCCAACUUUGAACCAGUUACCCAAAGUGGCCAUGUACAUAUUCAGGGAAGCGUUCCUGUGGCUUAUGUUCAAAAUGAUCUGGAGGAGGAGAUUGAUAAGGAAAGGAGAAUUGCUGGUGGAGCCAUAAGGAUUCCAGUUUGGGUAAAAGAUGCUGGAAGAGGAUCUACUGAUGAGACUAAUGAGAAGAAGGUUAUCAGAGACAGACCUGAGGAGGGAUGGGAACUUCAGAUAGCUGAAAAAUUCAAAGGUUUGAACUGGAAUAUUUUAGAUGAUGCGGAGGUGAGAAUAGAUGCAGAUAUCAAAGAUGGAGGGAUGAUGCUGGUAACUGCCUUGAGUCCUUACGCAGAAUGGGUUCAUGGGUAUGCUGACAUUGUCCUUCAGGUCAGGGGCACCAUUGAGCAACCAAUUGUUGAUGGAUCUGCAUCAGUGCACAGGGCUUCAGUUUCUUCUCCGGUCCUUCGAAAGCCUCUUACAAAUAUAGGGGGGUCAGUUCAAGUUAUAUCAAAUAGGCUAUGUAUCAGUUCCCUGGAAAGCAGAGUAAGCAGAAAGGGGAAGCUAUUUCUGAAGGGCAAUUUGCCUCUCAAAAUCAGUGAAUCUUCAUCCAGUGAUAAAAUCGAUGUGAAAUGUGAAGUUCUAGAAGUACGAGCCAAAAAUAUUCUGAGUGGCCAAGUUGACAGCCAAAUGCAGAUUACAGGAUCAAUAUUGCAGCCAAACAUCACUGGAAUGAUCAAAUUAAGCCAUGGUGAAGCUUAUUUGCCUCAUGAUAAGGGCAAUGGUGCAGCUAUUAAUACACUGACAUCAAGGCAGUCUGCGUUUCCCACUGCUGGUUACAGUGGCAUAGGCGCUUCUGGGCAUGUCUCGAGAUUUUUUGGAUCUUUAUCUUCCUCAUAUGACAGAUUGCCUCAACCUGCUGGUAGUGAAUCUGAAAUUAGGAAGGAAAUUGAUCAAGCCAUUGCCAGGCCAGGUGUUGAUAUUUGGCUUACAGACCUGAAGCUGGUGCUUGGACCAGAAUUGAAGAUAGUGUAUCCUUUAAUUCUCAACUUUGCUGUUAGUGGUGAACUUGAGCUUAAUGGUUUGGCCCAUCCAAAAUGGAUAAAACCAAAGGGCAUCUUAAGUUUUGAAAAUGGUGAUGUCAAUUUAGUUGCCACACAGGUUAGGCUUAAACGGGACCAUCUAAAUAUAGCAAAAUUUGAGCCUGAACUUGGUUUGGAUCCAAUUUUAGAUUUAGUGCUGGUUGGAUCUGAAUGGCAGUUCAAGAUACAAAGUCGUGCCAGUACCUGGCAAGACAAUUUGGUUGUAACAUCUACCCGGUCUGUGGAUCAGGAUGUUCUCUCGCCUACUGAGGCUGCUAGGGCUUUUGAGAGUCAACUAGCAGAAUCUUUGUUGGAGGGGGAUGGUCAGCUUGCCUUCAAGAAACUUGCAACUGCAACACUGGAAACCUUGAUGCCGAGAAUAGAAGGAAAAGGAGAGUUUGGUCAGGCGAGAUGGAGGCUAGUAUAUGCUCCGCAGAUCCCAAGUUUGUUAUCUGUUGACCCUACAGUUGAUCCCUUGAGGUCCCUAGCCAAUAACAUAUCUUUUGGUACUGAAGUUGAAGUGCAGUUAGGGAAGCGCAUUCAGGCCUCCAUAGUCAGACAAAUGAAGGACUCUGAAAUGGCCAUGCAGUGGACAUUAAUGUACCAGCUUACCAGCCGUCUCCGGGUGCUUUUCCAGUCUGCACCUUCAAACCGUCUUCUUUUUGAGUACUCUGCAACAUCUCAAGAUUAGAUUACCUGUUGGAAAAGGUAAGUGAUAAUUUUUGUAUACUAGAUUAGCAAUUCUAAAUUUGUUUUUUUUUGUAAAUAAGAAGCAUCUCUUGAUCAUCUUAUGUUAAAAAAGGAGCUAGCUAUCUCUACUCAUACGUUGUAAAAAUUGCACAUUAAGUUAAGGUCUAAAUUAAUUUGAUGAGCCUCAAAAGAACAUUUCA